CAGUCAUUCAUCAAGAGUCUACAUAAUUCCGACAAUGCGUAUUAGCUGCCUUCUGGUUGUUCUAGGAUGCAUUUUGGGGAAUGGAAAUGCCCAAAGUGAUGAUGAAUUCAAAAACAAGGGCCGUGAAAUAGUGGCAAUCUUUAACAAUCCCUCGGUCAAUCAAUUAACUAUAUACCAAAAUAUGCCCGCUUUAAUUGCAUUCUAUGAGAAAUAUUCCAAUCGCCUACAACUAACAGCUCAGCAAAAAUCAGAUUUCGAUAGCCUGGUUAGAACGUAUAGACAAGACAAGCCAACAGUUGGUCAACCUGUUCAAAGAGGAGUCUGGCUUUUUAUGGGACUAUUUUUGGAACUUUUGGGCAUCAUUAACCAGGCUGUUGGAAAUUGAGCGGUUA